CUGUAAUGUCACCUUAAACUCAUCUUUCUUCUUUUCUGUCCCUCACAUAGGUCCCCUUGUAUGACUCUACCAUGGACCAUAUCAUCUGCUGCCUGCUGGUCCUGGGAGCAACAGUGAUGAUCACUCAUGCAUGUCCCAAGUACUGUUCAUGCCAGAAUCUGUCCGAGUCUCUGGGGACAUUGUGUCCCUCCAAAGGCCUUCUCUUCGUGCCUCCGGACAUCGACCGCAGCACGGUCGAGCUCCGACUGGGAGGCAACUACAUCCUCCGCAUCACACAGCAGGACUUUGCCAACAUGUCCGACCUGGUGGACCUGACCCUCUCCAGGAACACCAUCAGCUACAUCCAGCCCUUCUCCUUCGGGGACCUGGAGACACUGCGGUCGCUUCAUAUGGACAAUAACCGCUUGACAGAGGUAGGCCCCGAUGACCUUCGAGGUUUGGUCAACCUGCAGCACCUCAUCGUGAACAAUAACCAACUGAGACGCGUUCAUGAGAAGGCCUUGGAGGACCUUGCACCGGCCCUGGAAGAUCUGGAUCUGUCUUAUAACAACCUGGUUUCUAUACCCUGGGACUCAGUGCGUCAGAUGAUUAACCUUCACCAGCUCAGUCUGGACCACAAUCUUUUGGACUUUAUUCCAGAGGGAACCUUCACUGACCUCGAAAGGCUUGCACGAUUGGACCUUACCUCGAAUCGCUUGCAGAAGUUACCACCUGACCCCAUCUUUGCCCGGGCCCAGGACUCCAUGAUCCUGACGACUCCUUACGCUCCUCAGCUGUCUCUGAGCCUGGGAGGGAAUCCUCUGCACUGUAACUGUGAGAUGCUGUGGCUGCGGAGGCUUGAGAGAGACGACGACCUGGAGACCUGUGCCUCCCCUCCUUCCCUGAAGGGUCGUUACUUUUGGAAUUUGAAGGAGGAGGAGUUUGUGUGUCAGCCUCCUCUCAUCACCCAGCACACCCACAGGAUGCUUGUUUUGGAGGGGCAGACGGCCAGUUUGAGGUGUGAAGCAACCGGAGACCCUUCUCCCACCAUCCACUGGAUCUCCCCUGACGACCGGCUGCUUGGUAACUCGUCCCGGACGUCAGUGUUCAGCAAUGGCACCUUGAGCAUCACCAUCACCACCUCCAAGGACUACGGCACCUUCACCUGCAUCGCUGCUAACGUGGCCGGAGAGUCCACCGCUCCUGUGGAAGUGUCGAUUGUCCAACUCCCCCACCUCAGCAAUGGAACCGGGCAGCCGUCUGCUCCAAAGUCCCGCCUCUCUGAUAUCACAGGGACUACAAGGAUCAGCAAGGGGGCUCCAAAGAACCAACCAGAGAAGACUGUGUCUGUGUCCGAGGUGACAGCUGUUUCAGCGCUGGUCACAUGGACAGUGAGCAAGUCAGCUCCCAAAGUGAAGAUGUACCAGCUCCAGUACAACUGUUCUGACGAUGAGGUGCUCAUCUACAGGAUGAUCCCCUCCUCCAGUAAAGCCUUCCUGGUCACUAACCUGGUGUCGGGGACUCGUUACGACCUGUGUGUGCUCGCCGCUUGGGACGACUCGGCCACUACGCUUACUGCCACCAACGUGGUGGGCUGUACCCACUUCUUCACCCAGGACGACUACGCGCAGUGCCAGUCUCUACCCAGCCAGCUGCUGGGGGGCACCAUGAUCCUGGUGGUGGGGGGCAUCAUCGUUGCCACUCUGCUCGUCUUCAUCGUCAUCCUCAUGGUGCGUUACAAAGCUGCAGACGCCGACUCCCCCGUGGGGAAGCUGACCAACGUCAGCGAUACGCACUGUCAGACCAACGGGGGGCGACUGGGGCAGAACGGAAUCCUGAUGCCCCAGAAUCAGUCGCAGCCUCAGCCCGAGCCCAAGGUGAAGGCUAAGGUGACCCUGCAGGACGAGGUUGUGGAGUUUAAGUGCGGGUCCCUGCAGAGCAGCCUCACUUCGUCGUCCUCUUCCUCCUCAUCGGGCUCCUUGGCGGGCGGGUCCUACAGCCCGAACAGCACCCUCGCAAACAUUUGGAGAUCGGCUCAGUCGAAGCCCCGGACCAACCUAGACCACCUCCUGGGGGCGUUCACCUCCCUGGACCUCCGGGGGGCGCAGGGCAGCGAGCUGGGGGCCUCCAGUAGCGCCUCGACCACAGCGGCAAGGAAACCGCGCACGGACAGGGAGCCUCUGCUGGGCCGGACUCUGGACUCCAGCCUAAGCCGGAUCCUUAUGCUCCCUCUGGACUCCAAACCGAGGAGGAGUCAGUCCUUCGACAUGGGGGACGUGCAGGGCUCCGGGGCCGCUCAGCUGAGCAACAAACGGCGCAGGAUCAGCAGCAUCUGGACUAGGCGGAGCCUGUCUGUGAACGGCAUGCUGCUGCAGUGUGAGGAGGAGGGGGACACGGGGGGGAGCAAGGGCACGUUGGACAGCGCCGACUGGGUGAUGGAGAGUACAGUGUAGGAGAGGAGGAAAGCGUGUACACACUGCCCCGACUCACCUCCACGCCAACACACGCCCGCUGGUCUCAGAGCAGAGCCUUCAUCCUGCAUGAAGCACACUCGUUUCAUCGCCCUCCUCCUCCUCCUCCGCGCUCAGACUCGGAGACUCGACGAGACUCAGUGAGUCACAGUCACAGCCAAAUACAGACUUCAGGAGAAGAAGACCUUAACCUCUCACGCUGUACAGAGACGGUUUAACAGGCCAAUCAGCUGAAGGGAAAGCGGUGCUGUCCGAUACAGAAAUGUGCGCUCAUGCCCAUGGACUGUUAUUACCCUGUGUACAUUUAAAGUAUGUAAUGAAAUUAAGGUUUUAUAUUUUUUAUUUUGCUGGUCAAACACAACACUGGUCUCUGCCUUGACAAGCAUUAAGGCGCGUCUGGGUUCAAAUAUAAAAUGUUCUGCUGUAAAUUCAUCUUCAUCUCAGUGACCUCCUGAUGCAGUUUAUCUUCUGACUGAACGGUGCAGUAUAAAUAUAGAUAUAAAUAUAUAUAAGUGUAGAUGUGAUGCUUAAACUUUAAGACAAAAGAUUUAUUGACAAAGCUGUAUGUGAAUAUAUUUACUUUCUAUCAGAGUAUAUAUUUGAGGGGGUCACUCGGUAAUUCUGUUUGCUGAACAUUUGAAAUUUCAUGUGACUGCAAAGAUUUUACAAACAUUAUUUUCUGCUCUUUGUCUGCACUGUAGAGACUCAGUUCAAUGUUUAAAAAAAUGCCAAAUUAUUCGAGAGGAAACUGGUGCAAGAGGAAGGAUAAUCAACGCCUGUGUGUUCGUGUACAUUAGAUCUGUUUGGUUUGGACAAAUGUUUUUUCAGGGUUUUAUAACUCAAUUUUAAAACACAAGAUAUAAAAAAGGGAACUCUCUUUUUGUUACAACACAUAACAUGCAAGCAAACAUUUUCUUCCAUACUGCUGAAACUUCAUAUUCAGGGUGCUAUGACAAACGUUAGAGGAUAACUCUGGGUGCAGGAUUAGCAUAAUAACAACACAGUUACCACCUAAGUUUAGCUACUUUCUGGAAACAGCCGCACGACUAUAACUAAACAAAACGGGGAGGAAGCCGGACACAGUAUGUCUGAAGAUUAUUUAUAGAAUCAGCCAGGGCCAUAGACCUCAUAUAAGAAGUCAGUGUUGCAGCAUUGACGUCAAUCUUUGGUUAAUGCGCUUCUGCCUCAAGUUUGGCUUUGUGGCCAUUGUUGUUUUCGAGCGAGAUGUGACCAUAUUUGGAGAAAAGGUUGGAACUGGAAGGAUGGAGCGAGGAGUCAUGAGACAAAACUAGUGCAAGCAUUGUUAGCGAAGUGAAUCCUUGGUUAGAAAACACUUGGAUAGGGAUGUUCUUAUCGACUGAUCUCACUGACAAUUAAACUAAAACUUUAAUCCAGACAGGUCUAACCUGGGUUUCAGACUGAAUGCGUGGCCUUUAUGUAAUUGUAUGACUCAUUUUUGAUGUAAAUACGUUUGUUUUCUGAUAAGCCCAUCCGGAAACUUGCCUAAAGAUACUCGAAAUCAUACGAGAAAGUGGCAUACAACCUGGCGAGGUGGAGAGUGAUUCAUAUGUUUAAUUCAUAUACAUUAUGUGUUAUAAUUUACUGCCAUCUAAAGCUAACAAGCUUGUUUGAUUAAGGAAAGAGAAAGAAAGUAAAUUUCCCUGUAGGACACUCCCAACACCUUGUUGAGCUCCCUUGUUUCUUAUUCCUCAUCAAUGUCCAUGCAAGUGACUAAAAGGAAAAUAGAAAAAGUAUUUGCAAUGCGUUGGUCGCUGGCUAUUACGAAACUCAGAUCGGAAAUAAUUGAAUCAAGAGGAUUUGUUGCUGACACUCGCUCCCGACGCUCAAAAAACAAUCAAAAUUGAGCACAAUUUAUUUCACAAGGCUAAAUAUGGGAUCACAGCGUUUUAAGGUACACAAAGUCCAAUGCUUUGCCGAGUGGGGCUAAUGUUAGCAGUGCUAGCUACACCAGCCUUCGGUCCUCCUUAGGUAGGUUAACGUCUACAUGCCUCUGCUGAAUGUGGUAACAACUCACUCUGGUCGAUAUGGCAGUUUAACCUGACAGCCUACAUUCAGCUUUAUCUUCAUUUUACAGAUAAAAUACUAACAAGGUUCCACGCAACAAGCUUUAUUGCUGUUCAGGUCUCGGUUGUUGAGCAUUAUGGAAGUAGUCAAUUACCGUAGUUUCAGCACCAUCUAGUGGCAGAUAGCUGCUGUAAAGCUUUGACACAACAUUGCAGUCUGACAUUGGGACUACAUUAAUAGAUAUAAUAAUUAGUUUAACCAACUAGUGAUUCUGGUCACCACAUUUAAACUUUACAAAUUUGGAUUUAAAUUGCCAAUUUUGGCGAGCAGAAAAAAGGGUCAAAACAAAAUGAGUUGACCCCAAAAUGUGUAUGUAGGUACAACUGAACAAGACAUUUUACAGGUCACAGAGAAGCCAUUUGUCAAUCAGAGGAAGCCCCGCCCUGAAUCCUCCCCUGCUUUCUGGUCAUUUUAGCCCUGUUUCCACCAAGCAGUCUGGUCCGGUUCAGAACGGUACGUUUUUAUUGGCGCGUUCAUUGUCAAAAGCUGGGAAUGGCACAAAAAUAGUCGCUCUGUUCCAUUAACCUUCUGUUCAGGUGCAAAAGGUGCCGAUCCAUUCUAGACACACUGCAGUCUGUUGAUUGUCGAAAGAAUCAUCACUUUCUUUGCGACAGCAGUCAUAAAGGACAAACACAAAACGUGCCAUGUUUAAAUAUCCUGUGGCUUUCAUAGAGUAAUUUCAGGGCUGUUUGUUUGCAACUAAUGUCAGCGCUAGCACUGAAAUAAGGACUACCUUGGAGGUGCGGACUUCUGCUUGACGUCUUCUAUUGUUGCCUUUUGUUUAUUGUGUCACUUUCUUCUUCAUGAAUUGGCUGUCCGCACUAUGUUUGCUGCUAUGAUUACACACUAUUACUUGGCUGACGCCACUAUCGCCAUCCAGCUCACAAUCCGCUUUUCUCGUAAAGAUACGGUUGGCUGUGGAGACACAAGCAAGAUCAGAGUUUACUGUACCAACCGUACUGAAACAAACUGGACCACUUGGUGGAAAUGGGGCAUUUAACUCUAAAUGGGAACAUAUUUUAUUAAAUGAACAUCAUGCUGUAUCGAGGAAGACUUCAAACUAGAGGUUGAGACCAUAAACUCCUUAGGGAAAUGUUUACUGAGGGAAUAAAUCAGCUUUGAAGUAAAGGACCAUUUCAUCCUAGACUCUAUAUAACCAGACAUUUAAUUUAAACCACCAUUUUCUCCCCCUGCUGGAUAUUAUAAGAAUGUAGGUUCUAGGCAAUUCUGAUGCUACAUUCAGUUUUUACAUUCAGUCUAUGGCUGUGACUAGUACAAGAAUACAAUUUUCUACAGGCUAGUGUAAUAAUUAUAACUUAUUUGGUUAUUCAUACCAGUUAGAGGCUGUUUUAGUUUUAUUUAUGUAGGUCAGUCAAAAUAUAGAAAACCCGGAUUUCCCUUCACACACCCAUUUCUUUUCAGAGGACGUUGUUCAGUAAUUGAGAACCUUAGUAAGUCUUUAAUGCAUCUUUCAGAAAGUUCAGAUUUAAUUUCAUGCUCAAUCAUUUUGUAUAAAUGCAAUUUUUUUUAUAAAUCGACAUCACAUUUUGAAAACUCAGAUUUUCAAAGUCCCCCUUCAGUGUUCACAAGAUUCCUGCAGGUUUUUGAAACUCUAAACAGAUUCUUUAAUUAAUUUAAAUGUGUGAACUUACUGCAUGUAAGUUCAUUUGACCAAUUGAAGUUGUUUGCUUUAUUGUCAUGUGUUGCAUGUUUCUGCUGCAGAUGACCCCUGAGACAGUUUGUGUUCACUCAUGCCGACAUUUCUCAAAUGCUGUCUGAAUGACUUUUUUGUGAUAUUUCUGAUAUGACUGCGUGCGUACAGUGUCUCUCUGCGUAUCGGGUUUUUUUUGUACCAUUCUCCGGUGUGAAUCUGUGCAAACAGCCGGGGAGGAGGUGACGAGUAGCAGCUGUUCACAUUUCUCACCUGGAGCUGUAAAUUAAAUUGUUUCUGUGGUUCAAUUUGUUGUUUUUUCUACAAAGAUAAAACUAAAAAUCUCCUGA